CCCCAACCCGAGCCGGAAGCAGCGCGAGGCGAGGCGGUGUUGUGAGUGUCAUCCUGAAGCCGCCGAGAAGCCUUUUUUUGCUCCACGCCGCCAGGAUGGUUGAAGAGACGGAGACGCCGCAGCCCGGGUUCCAGUUCAGUAACUUUGGAAGGAAUGAAGCUUUGGUAGCCAGAGGGUUUCAGGUCCCAAGGUGCCGCAAGACUGGCACCACCAUUGCUGGGAUAGUGUUCAAGGAUGGCGUGGUCCUUGGGGCAGACACACGGGCCACUGAGGGGGACAUUGUGGCAGAUAAGAACUGCAGCAAAAUUCACUAUUUGCAGCCAAACAUGUACUGCUGUGGAGCAGGCACUGCGGCCGACCUUGAGAUGACGACGCAGAUGAUGGCGAGUCAGCUGGAGCUCCACCGCCUCAACACUGGCCGCCAGGUGCCCGUCAUUGCCGCCAAUGCAAUGCUGAAGCAGAUGCUAUUCCGUUACCAGGGCCACGUCGGGGCUGCCCUGGUGCUGGGAGGUGUUGACAAAUUUGGUUCUCACAUUUACUCCAUCCACCCUCACGGCUCCACUGACCGCCUGCCCUACACCACCAUGGGCUCAGGUUCCUUGGCGGCCAUGUCUGUCUUUGAGGCACGGUGGAAACCCGACAUGAUGCUGGAUGAUGCCAAGCAGCUGGUGCGGGAUGCCAUCGCCGGUGGUGUGUUCAACGACCUGGGUUCUGGCUCCAACAUUGACCUGUGUGUCAUCACCAAGGACGGUGCCACUAUGAUGCGUCCCUAUGAUGUCGCCAAUGUGAAGGGAAAGAGGGUCGGCAAGUAUGCAUACAAGCGCGGGGUGACUGAGGUGCUCAAGACCGUCACGCGGCCUAUCGAAAUUGUCUCCGAGACUGUCAAGGUAGUGUCAGAGGAAAAGAUGGACACCGCUUAACUUACUCUCCAUUAUUCUACUAUGAAUAUUAUUAAUGUUACUUUGUUCAUUAUUGUCGGGUGACCCAGCUAUGUUUUCCAUUAAUACUGAUGAAAGAGCAGCCAUAAUUUAUAACUGCUGUUUCUAAGAAGCACAUGUAGCUUGCAGUGUGAAUCAAUAAAACUUAUAAGGAUUUGCAA